UCCAGUUUAACGCUCUGGCCCUUAUCUUAUUUUCCCAAUCUAUAAAUACCUACGCAUUUUCUGCAAUGCACCUGCCUCCUUCGCUGGAAAGGACGCCACCAGAUAAGAAGUCUUCGCUUGACGGGACCUAAAGGGACAAACGCGUCUUCCUCCUCAGUCUCAAUCUCUCAUUACUAGAAGACCAGACCAGUCUCUCUCACCUUCAACUUUAGCCCAGCAUUUUUUUGAGUUCCGAACUAUUACAAAAUCCAAAAUAAUUUUGUUCGGAACUAAUUUUAUCGAAGUGAAAUUUCCUGCGCCACAACUUUACCACGCUCUUCCCAAAGGACAAAAUCUUCCAUUUUCAUUUGUGUUCGGAAAUUAUUUCCUCUAUUUAAAAUGUGUUCUCUAAGCGUUCCUAAUGAAAUUCAUCCCCUGCCCGUUCGAGACGACGACGACGUCACCCUUCGCCCUCCUAUCCGUUUGCGCAUAAAACGAACUGAAUGGGACAUGUGGACGGUUCUAAAUGACCACGACAAGCUAUGCAUCGCCCAUGAAGUUGCCGAACUAUAUCGUGCCAAUAAAAAGAAUCGGAGGAAAUCAUCUCGCACUAAUUCCGUACCGCCAAGAAUUAUCAAACGCUUCCGACGCCAGGCCAAGUUUUACAAAAACUUUUGGGGAACUUUUCGAAAUUGGAACAUCUGGGACUACACAAUUCCAAAGUUAGAUGUUGAAUUUAAUAAUUGCAAGAGUUAUCACUACGUCAGCCCGUUAGCGGAUAUACCCUCAGCCGAAAUCGAUUAUAUGCCCUGGGACUUGGCCUUCCAACUUGACUUCCUAUCCGAACGAGAUUACCGUUCUGAAACUAUGCCUUUCCGUCUGCAUCGACACGAUCCUGAAACUGAACGAAGAUGGAAAGAACUCGUCUUAUCAAAACACUUGGAGAGAGGAUGUUUGCCAAGUAGGACUAAGAAACCCGACGACGACGACCAUGACGACAUACCCAUGAUGAUGACCACCAACCGACCAUCCCCAUUCUCCGACCCGUACGAAAAUAUGGUUUUGGAGGACCAUUUUGACCCUGCAAGUUCUCCGUGUUCUUCGUCUACUCUUAAAUUUGAUCAUGAAGCUCUACAAGCACCCUCACCUUCCUCCACGGACGACAUGGACCUGGACAUCCUUAUUCUCACGGUGGAUCGUUGGGACACAUUGCCCAUUCCGGGUUUUUAUGUAGAUAGGGUUAGAUAAAUCGGAGUAAUGUUUGUUCGCAGUCAAUUGAAUUAAGACUACUAUUUUGAGCUAUUAUGAACCUAUUCGAAAUUAUGAACUACUAUUUUGAUGAAUUAUUGUAAUCUUUCCAUUGUUUAAGAAAUGCGAAGUAGACUAAAUACAAGAUGCAAUUUCUUGUGCAAUUAACGGAACAAAUUACAAGUACCUUAAUUAGAAUAUAGAAUUUAAACAUUAAUUAAAACGAAACGCGCAUGUUUUUUAUGAAUUAUAAGACUGUGGUUUAUGUAAUUUUAUAUUAGCAAAAUUAAAAAGGAACUUGUUGCAACCAAUCUGCUGUGAUUUUGUAAUUUAUUCUAAAUGGCGUGGCUUGUUUAACGUGGGG